CUUCACCCAAGUCUCAAAUCCAGUUAAAGAAAAAACUGCAUUUCAUGAAAAAUGCAAACUACUCUUUCCAAAAGCGUGGUGUAAUUAAUCAAUCAAUCCGUGAUCAUGUUUGUUGCUUGCAAGGCAAAGCAAACUGGAUGGAUUUCCUUCCCUUCAACUCAUACUCAACUCAAUCAAUCCUCACCUAUAAAUUAAAUGCCAGUCCAGAAACAAAAGGAAGAAUUCAAUGGAGAUGAUCGAGGAGGAAGAUGAAGCGUUACUAACAAACAAGGGGCUACCAGAAGUAGAAAGAAACCUCAUCCAAGAAGCCAUCAGGCAGACGUUCCAGAGCACGGCGAGCCUAGCCAACCUCCUCCCGACCGGCUCGGCUCUCUGCUUCCAGCUGCUGGCGCCGAUAUUCACCAACCAAGGGGAGUGCGACGCGGCGGGGCGGGGCAUGACGGCGGCGCUGGUGGGGCUCUGCGCAUUCUCGUGCGUGCUGCUGUGCUUCACGGAUAGCAUCAAGGACCAGAAGGGGAGCGUCUGCUACGGAUUCGCCACCUUCAAUGGGAUCUGGAUUAUCGACGGAUCGGCGACGCUGCCGCCGGAAAUAGCGGCGAAGUAUAAGCUCAAGUUUAUCGACUUUGCGCAUGCGGUGAUGUCGAUGCUGGUGUUCGCGGCGGUCGCGCUGUUUGAUGAGAAUGUGGUGAAGUGCUUGUGGCCGGAGCCGUCCACGGGGACCAAGGAGGUGCUGACGGCGCUGCCGGUUGGGAUCGGAGUGGUGUGCAGUAUGCUUUUUCUGGUUUUUCCAACAAAACGCCAUGGUAUUGGCUUUCCGCUCACUGAUACUUGAAUAUAUUAAUGUUUCCCUUUUAGAAUUCCAAGCAAUAACAAAUAAGGGCUAGUAUUUUUU